GCAUCUUUUCAUCUACUAACAAGGACAAGAAAGAUACCCAAAGAAGAGAAGAGAAAAAAGAGAAUAGCAGCAAUGGCGACCAAUGGAGAAGAGCAACAAACCCAAGCAGGGAGACAUCAAGAGGUCGGCCACAAGAGUCUCCUCCAAAGUGAUGCCCUUUACCAGUACAUACUUGAAACCAGCGUGUACCCAAGGGAGCCAGAGGCAAUGAAAGAGCUCCGUGAGGUGACAGCUAAACAUCCAUGGAAUAUCAUGACCACCUCUGCAGAUGAAGGUCAGUUCUUGAACUUACUUCUCAAACUCAUCAACGCCAAGAACACUAUGGAGAUCGGUGUUUAUACUGGAUACUCUCUCCUUGCCACUGCUCUUGCUCUCCCUGAUGAUGGAAAGAUUCUGGCCAUGGAUGUUAACCGGGAGAACUUCGAACUGGGUUUGCCGAGUAUUCAAAAAGCUGGUGUAGCCCACAAGAUUGAUUUCCGUGAAGGCCCUGCUAUGCCUGUUCUUGACCAAUUACUCGAGGAGGGGAAGCAUGGAACUUUCGAUUUCAUAUUCGUGGAUGCUGACAAGGACAACUAUUUGAACUACCACAAGAGGCUGAUAGAGUUGGUUAAGGUGGGAGGUGUGAUCGGCUAUGAUAAUACUCUUUGGAAUGGAUCGGUGGUGGCUCCGCCAGAUGCACCGCUACGUAAGUACGUGAGGUAUUACAGGGACUUUGUGAUGGAGCUCAAUAAGGCACUCGCCAUCGACCCAAGGAUUGAGAUCUGCCAACUUCCCGUCGGUGAUGGAAUCACCAUUUGCCGUCGAAUCAGCUGAUUGCCCAAAC